UCACAGAGAUCUGCCUGCCUCUGCCUCCUGAGUGCUGGGAUUAAAGGCGUGCACCACCACGCCGGGCUCACUUACAGUGUUUUUAUAUACAUCAUCGUUUGAUCCUCACAUUAGCCUUACAAAGUACCUGUUAUUAUCCUUAAUUUACUGUGGAGGGACUCCAAGCCAAGAGUUAAUGUAGGGCCCACACCAUUGCUUAAUAGGGGAGCAAAAGGCUGCCUUUUACUACAAGCUAACCCUGCAGAGACAUGCCACACACCAAAUCCCCCAAAUCUUCAUUAGGUCCCUUACCUAGGAUCUGUCCUCUGGGGCAAAGGACACAGGGGAGGGGGCCUCGGUAGGUUAAUUAUUAACCCUUUGUACUUCUGGACACCACGGGGUCCACCCCAGGGUCCACCACACCUCCGGGAGGCAAAAGAACACCACCCAACUAGGGGCUGGUGAAGGUGGUGCCAGCAAUGGUCAUGGGGGUCUCACUGACACCCCCAGCCCUGGGCCGUUGGUUGCGACAUGCUAUUCCUUUCACUGCCCUCAUGCUUUUAUUUCUUUAUCUCAGUGUGCAGAUCCUCCGUGAGUGGCCCCUUGCUUGGAGAACCCAGGAGUCCCACCCGUGGGAACUCAAGCCCCCUUCUCCUCGAGCCCUCACCACGCUGCUUCGCUUCACCCCAGGUAUCCUGCCAGGCUGCAGGCCUGGGGUACAAUCCUGCAUUUCCGAGGGACCUCUACCCUUGCAGGUCCGUCCAGAGUUGAGACCCCUGGUGGCCCCAGAGUGGGAAGAACCUCCCUGUUUGGCGCCUCAGGGGAUGCUGGGUCGCAUGCUGAAGCCUUUCCAAGCCAGUUUGAGUCCCGAAGGAGAUGUGGAAUUGGCACAGUACCUGGCAGGAUGGAGGGAGCUACUUAGGUUCCUAGCCCCCCUUGGCUCCAUCUUUGCCUUCGCCACCAGCGAGGCCUUUAUCAAGGUGACAGCCCUGGAGGCUCGCGUGCACGGCCCAGAUGCAGCGCACUACCGGUCCCUGGCGACUAUGGCUACGUGGGAGCAGCGGAUGGGACUGCUGGAGCUGCGGGGCACGGCCCCCAGGGACUCAGCGCGGACCUCGGGCUCGCGGACGCUGCUCCUGCUGCACCGAGCGCUGCGCUGGUCCCAGCUCUGCCUCCACCGGGUAGCGACCGGGACGCUCGGAGGGCCAGAGGCGGGCGUGCAGUGCGGCGACGCCUACAGCACAGCCCUGGCCGCGCACCACCCCUGGCUCAUUCGCCAGGCCGCCCGCCUAGCCAUCCUCGCCCUACCGAGUCGCGACCGCUUGCUUCAGCUGGCCUGUCCAGGAACUAGAGAGGAGGAUGCGCGGGUCGCUGUGGCCCGGGCAGCCGGCAUCCUGGAGGAUGUCUACAACCGCACCCAGGGCCUGCUGGCCGGCCGCGGGCUGCUUCAGCUGGCUUGAGGGCGGUGGGAGGCGGGGG